UACUAAUUCUACAUUAUACCUUUGGAAGCCAUUAAUGGCUCGUUUGGUUUUCUUUGUGUUAAUCUUUGCUGGGCAACUGAUUGGUGGAUUCAGUGCCCAAAAGCAGCCUCCGUCCAACAAUGGAAAACUGAUAACAAUUCUGAGCAUUGAUGGUGGGGGUAUCAAGGCCAUCAUUCCAGCAACAGUUCUUGAUUACUUAGACAAGGCUCUUAAGGCUAAGGAUCCAACUGCAGAUUUAGCAGAUUACUUUGAUGUGAUGGGAGGAACCAGCACUGGUUCAAUCACAACAGCCAUGUUAGCCACCCCAAGCCUUGACGAUCCUACUCGUCCUGCUUAUACUCCUGCACAGAUAGUAGACUUCUACAAACUAAAUGGACCUCGUAUAUUCAACCCAUCUAGACCAGGAAACGGUCCCCUGUUCGACGGAGAGGGUUUACAUGGCGCAGCUAGUGAAGCAUUGAAGGAAACACGAGUUGGUGAAGCAUUGACCAAUCUUGUAAUCCCAGCUUUCGAUAUCAAGAAACAAAAACCAUUUGUAUUCUCAAGCUACAAGCUUGAGAAGGUUCCCUACUUAAAUGCCUUAUUGUCGGAUAUAUGCAUAUCCACUUCAACUGCACCCACUCAGUUCCCACCUUACUAUUUUGAGAAUAAUGGUGUUGAGUUCAAUUUGGUUGAUGGUGGUGAAGCAGCUGUGAAUCCAACACAAAUAGCAGUGAGUGAAGUGCUACAGCAGAAUGAGGAUCCUGAAAUUCUAGUGUUGUCUUUGGGGACUGGAGCUACAAAAAUUGAGGAGACUUUUGAUGCUGACCAGGCUGCCACAUGGCCGAAACAAACAUGGGCUGUUAUUGAUACCAAUUUUCAAGGUCGUGCUUAUACAGCAAUCACUGAAUACUAUCUUUCUUCAAUCUUCUCAGGUUUUCAAUCUCGCAAUACCUACCUUCGAGUCCAAGUA